AUGAUUGCAAAUAAAAGAUAUUAAGAAAGGAAUUUGAAAAUCAUCAAACUUAAUGCCUUGCCAAAAUCUAAGUCGUUUGCAGAGGUUGCCGUAAGAGUUUUCCUAAAAUUGAUAUUGAUAAGCAUGAAAAAGAUUGUGAAGAAAUCUCAACAGUUUGCUAGAAGUGCUAGCUGCCAAUAGCUAAAAAGGAUGAAGAAGUACACACUCCUUCUACUUGCUUUCUUCUUAAGAACUUUUAAUUGUUUAAAUAAGAGAUUCUUUAAUAAGUCUCUAAAUAAUAGCAAUAAUAUAAAGAUUCACAAAGCCAAAAGAGUAAUUUAGCAGGCGGAAGAGUUCCAUAAGUUAAGUAGCAAGCAUCUCAAUAAAAUUAGGAUUAAGCUUCAAGUCAUAAUUAAUUAGAUGACACAAGUAAAGAAGACAUGA